AUGAAGACGACGAUCUGGCGGCCGAACGUGAGAGUGACGCUCGACGAGUAUGGCGAAGUCGAGGACACAGAGAGCGGUGGUGAGGAGGUGACGAAGCAGGGGACGAAGCGGAAGAGAGCCCCUCCCACGAAGGGGCCGUGCGAGCACGGGGUGAAGUCUCGGUCGAAAUGCAAGGUGUGCAGCGCUUGUCCGCACGGUCGUAAGCGCUCUCAAUGCAAGGAGUGCGGUGGUGCAUCAAUCUGCGAGCACGGUCGUAUACGCUCUAAGUGCAAGGAGUGUGGUGGAGCAUCAAUCUGCGAGCACGGUCGUCGGCGCUCUCAGUGUAAGGAGUGCGGUGGUGCAUCAAUCUGCGAGCACAGUCGUAUACGCUCUAAGUGCAAGGAGUGCGGUGGGUCUGGAAUCUGCGAGCACGGUCGUCGCCGCUUUAGCUGCAAGGAGUGCGGCGGGUCAGGAAUCUGCGAGCACGGUCGUCGGCGCUCUGACUGCAAGGAGUGCGGUGGUGCAUCAAUCUGCGUGCACGGUCGUCAGCGCUCGCAGUGCAAGGAGUGCGGUGGGUCUCAAAUCUGCGAGCACGGUCGUCAGCGCUCUCGGUGCAAGGAGUGCGGUGGAGCAUCAAUCUGCGAGCACGGUCGUAUACGCUUUAGCUGCAAGGAGUGCGGUGGGUCUCAAAUCUGCGAGCACGGUCGUCGGCGCUCUCGGUGCAAGGAGUGCGGUGGGUCUCAAAUCUGCGAGCACGGUCGUCGGCGCCAUCAGUGCAAGGAGUGCGGUGGGUCUGGAAUCUGCGAGCACGGUCGUCGGCGGUCUGAGUGCAAGGAGUGUGGUGGGUCUGCAAUCUGCGAGCACGGUCGUCGGCGCUCUCGGUGCAAGGGCUGUCGAGAUAAUAAAUAA